AUGUCGAGCUCAAUGGAACCGAGGCCUCUCACAUCGGCUAUGGAGAGCCCAACAUUUGAUGAGAAUAGCUCCUUCCAUGUAGAACAACCGGUGGGAGCCAUGUCAAUAUCUCCCUGUGGGCGGGAUGUUGUUCUAGCAUCCAAGGAAGGUCUCCAUGUCAUUGACCUGGAUUCACCAUAUUCUCCGCCACGGUAUCUCCCUCAUCACACGCCAUGGGAGGUGGCCGAUGUACAAUGGUCACCAUUUGCUGCACGCGAUCAAUGGGUUGUCAGCACAUCCAAUCAGAAAGCACUGGUCUGGAACUUGGCUAUGAAGACAUGGCAGAAUUCCAUUGAAAUUGUACUUCACGCCCAUUCGCGAGCAAUCACGGACAUCAACUUUUCGGCGUUUCAUCCAGAUAUUCUUGCUACCUGCUCAGUGGACAGCUUUGUGCACUGCUGGGAUUUGCGUGCUCCGUCACGGCCAGCCGUCUCAUUCUCGGAUUGGUUCACUGGUGCGACCCAAGUGAAAUGGAACCGACAAGAUCCUCACGUAAUCGCAAGCUCUCACGACCGAUUCCUACGGAUCUGGGAUGAUCGUAUGGGUGCAUACCCGAUCAAAUCGAUCGAAGCACAUAGCACCAAAAUCUAUGGUGUUGACUGGAAUCGUGUUCGACGCGGUGCGCUAGUCACAUGUUCUUUAGACAAAACCGUCAAGUUCUGGGACUAUACCACUGAUUCAGCAGAAAUCCCGGAGAAGCAGAUUCACACACCAUUUCCAGUGUGGCGGGCACGCAACACGCCAUUUGGAUGGGGUGUGCUUGCAAUGCCACAGAGAGGCAACAAUGAUCUUCAUCUCUACAGCCGGCGAAUGGCAGACGGAUCAAACCCCGAGGAUGACUUACCAUUGGUACAUAGUUUCCCGGGACAUAAGGGAGAAGUCAAAGAGUUCCUGUGGAGACCACGCGGAGGCGUAGCAGAUGGGAUAGAUCACCGCGAAUACCAACUUGUGACGUGGGGGACAGACAGGGAACUUCGUCUGCACAAAGUUGACCCUGAGAUCUUAGAGCGCGUCGGGUACGAAAAGGGAAAGUCCUUUAUUUCCACGCGAACUGUGACGCGGCUUGGUGCUGUGUAUCGCAGUUUCCGUGACGUGAACUCGGAUUUUGAUCUCGAUGAUAUUGACGUGGCCUCCUCGGUUGGGAAUCAGAACCAAAAUACCUCGGGAGGUACUGGGAUGAAUGCAAUUACUGUCCCACACGCUCGUGGUUGGAUAAAAGGAGGCCAUGUUGAUCGAGUGGGCAUGCAACCAAGGUCAAAUCUAAGAGCUGACACGAAUCCAAUUGCUUGGAUGCGGGGUGUGAAGAUCUCAGGCUGGGAUAUUGAGACACUAGGAGACGAAAUCAGCCACGUCGGUGAAAAGUUCACAAAGGUGGCAUUUGAAUCAGUUGAUGUUCGGCAAAGAAGAAUCUCCAUUUCUCUCAAUGGGCCCUGGGGUGCUGAUGGUGCCUCAUUGUUCUUGAAAGUGGAUAUCAAAUUUCCAACAAGCUAUCCUAAGACUGCCAUCCCAACAUUCACAUUUCAGAAGACAGCAGCUGUCACCGAUGAGUGGGCUGCAAAGACUACCGCUGAAUUGCGAACAAUUGCUGAGACCUAUAUGUCACGAAAUCGAGGGUGCCUAGAAGGUGCUGUGCGUUAUCUUCUAGGCGAAUGCAGCCUGGAGGAAAGCAUCGCGUGGAUCUUGGAUGAAACGAGCGACAACCUCAAGUCCCCCAUCAGCGGUGAAUUGGGAGCUGAAUCUAGUGACGAGGAUGAAGUUGGCAUGACCCAGAGUCAAGAACUGGGGAUGAGCUCUGAGCUACUUCGCACUGUCAAUGCCAAUGUCAUGGUGCCUGUGGCCAAAGUGUGCGGAGCACUUUGGGCUAAUGAUGGCCGCCUCAUAUGCUUCUUCCCACCGAAACCCAAGAAAGAUAAAUCGGCCGAACUUUUUGAAAACAUGGGUUUCAAAGAAAUGACUCGAUGGUCUAGAGGAGACAAAGUUUUUGAAGGUUUCGGUCGACUAAAUACCAGCUCACCUGGCCCACGCGGGAUAGGGACGAUAACUAGCACAGAUGACGGUGCCUCCAGUGAUUCAGAUGAAUCAUACUCAAGCACCUCAAGUUCUUCGGGCUCAUCUGACGUUCUUUCUGGGCUACCGACACGUUUCCCAGCACCACAAACAUGGCGCAGCGUCGGGAGUUAUGGCAUUCACCGGCCGCGAUCGGCCGAUAACUCUCAACGGUCAACAGGAGGUGGAGCCACAGUCAAAUCAGAGGCACCCCAAAAUAUCGUAUCUAUUCAUAAUCUGAGUGAUAUGCUACCCGUCAAACGUGAGUUGGCUAGUCAAUAUCGCAUCUGCGGUAAAGGAACAGAUGUGUGCGCACAUAAUGCGGCUGUUGCUCUUGACGCUGGCUGCUACGAAUUGGCCCAAAUUUGGGGUCUGAUAAAGUUGAUAUUGCAUGUUCGAAAACAUCCUGGUACUUUGCCGGAUUCAGGGUUGCUGCAAAGGCGUGUGCACAAGAAAGGAGGCGUGACUGAUGGUCUGGGACAUGAUGGUCUGUAUAGAGACUUAACGGGUAGUAUUAUUCGCUGGGGAGAUCAUCCCCUUGGUAGUCAUUGGCUUGUACCCGCUCUAUUUGAACAUUUCGAGCGCAUUGGCGAUGUGCAAAUGGUCGCAAUGCUCUCAUGCGUGCUUCUGGAAGCCCAUCAAGAUGGAGCCUCGGAGAACCAGCAAGCCAAGAACAAGUUCGGACAACAAGACUUCUCGUUGGACUUCAACUCAAUUUCAUCGACGGUUCGACCCAAGCUACCCGUUGUGACACCGGCUUCAUCUGUCCCUAAAGAGAUCCAGUCAUUAUCUGGUCCUCAGACUUCAACCCGUUCGUCUGGUGAAAUGUUACGUCUCGAUUCUACGCCUCCAUAUUCCACAGGCACCACACCUCCAUUUAUGACCCGCCCACGAGGCAUCACUGCUGAUCGAAAGACUCUGAGCCACACUGUCUCCAUAGCUGCAUCGCCCGAUCAGCAAUCGCAGCCACGGAGUGGAUCCGGGUUUGGAUCGGUGUUGGCAUCUUCAUUGUCUCGUUCAUUCACCUUUGGACCAUCAUCUGCGUCACCACCAACAACCAGGAUGUCCAGGAAAAAGGCGAUAUCCCAGGAUAGUACGGUUGCAGGAACUAGCCAAGUGUCACAGGCUCAAUCAGAUACUGAAAGCGACCAAGCACCCAAACCUACACCACCACCCGCAAGAUUCAGGGUCACAUAUAAGAACCAAGCUGCAUUUGAAAGUGAAGGACCCGCGCAAGACUCAUUCCUUGACCGAGACAAGGAGUUGUUAUAUCGGUCGUACCGCGCCGCUUAUGCCAAUCUUUUGUCGAUAUGGGAUCUCCCCGUUCAACAAAGUGAGGUAAUGAAGAUUGGAGCAGUGACGGAUCGAAUGGACGACUUGAAUACAAGUCAAUACUGGAACAGCGCCAGCUCCAAAGAAAAUCCCUUGAAAGACCCGCAGCCGGAACCAAAUCUUCAAGCUCUUGACUUCCAGCGCCAUUGUGCUAGCUGUGGUCAUGCAUUGCAGCUCUCCAUCUUCAAUAAACAACCUACUGUUCCUGAUACCCCCUCCAAGCGCCACCUGCGCAAGCCAUCGGGUCGCCGAUGCUCUAAUUGCAAGCCUCGACAACCACUACCAACCAAACUGCCCUGCGUCAUCUGCGGCGAGGUAGUCGACGGCAUGCUGAUCCCCUGUCUGAGCUGCGGACACGUGAGCUGUUUCGACUGCCACCGACGCUGGUUCCUCCGACCAAGCGACAAAUUCGACAGUCCAUUCGACUUCCCAGACCAGACUAAGUCCCUCCCAACCUGUCCUACAGGAUGCGGUUGCCAAUGCUCUGAGCAUAUCACCGUCGAUGUCCCCAUGCCUCCAAGGGAACCUCUCUCCCCCGGCACCAAAGAGCAUGCACCCAUCGCGCAUCCCAACCUUGUACAGACGAAACACUCCCAUCGUCGACAAUCUGAGCCAGUUGUCUUGAACCCAACCUCAAAGGAGGUACAACAUCCCAAGGAAGCUGGCCCGCUUGAACACGACUUGGAUGUGUGGCAGGAUUCAUCUCCGUUUGCCUCUUUGGCGCGGGGUCUCGGCGGCGGACUGAGUCGUGGUUUGCGGCCUAAGGAGGAUAGGAAGAAGAAUAAGACUGUUGUCAUUGCAUCGAAUGCAAAGAACUCUUGA